AUGGUAAAACUCUUAGCCAACAAACAAGGGAGUGAUGAUGAUGAUGAUGAUGAUGAUUAUUACAGUGACGAUGAUGAUGGUGAUUAUACUGAUGACGAAGAUGGCGAAGAAGAAUUAUAUAAUAGUGGCGAUAGAACUGAAAAGGAAGAGUUUGAGAAACGAAUGGAGAUGUACAUGAAGGAAAUGUUGGAAGAGGAAGGUAUUGAUGAGGAAAGUGACGAAAGUGAGGAGGAAACUAAAAUUGUGAAGAAAGUGGUUGAGCCAAAGAAGAAGAAGCAGAAAAUGGAAAGUGGUCAAUCAGCAAGUAGCUCUUCUGGUCAAUCAGGAGUUUAUUUUAAUGUUAAAUUUGAUUUGCCAAGAAACAAAUUUAAUAGAGUAAUGUGUUUGUCAGUUCAGAAUGCUAAUCUGCGACAUUUACACAAUUUACUCAUGUAUGCUUUUGAUUGGGAUGAUGGUCACUUGCACAUGUUUCACACCUGUAAAGGCGAAUUCACAGAUAGAAGUAUGUGUCAGGAAGGAAAAGAAGAAUCGAAAUGUAGAUUGGACUCGGUUUUGAAUAGAAGUGUUGACAGUAUUGAUUAUGUCUAUGAUUUUUCCAGUGAAUGGAAUAUUUCAAUUUCUUUGGAAAAGAUUUUAACAGAACAAGCCAUGAAAGCUCAAGCUGAAAAGUUGAAUAUUGAGUUGCCAAAUGAUUUAACAAAGGUUGUGUACUGUUGUGGUGGAUUGGGUGGAUCAAUUGAUGAAGAAUCUGGAAAGAAGAAGGGAACCUUUGAUAUCAAUAAGGAAAACAAGAGGAAAUUUAACAUUUGGAAUUAA